AUGGUGGUCGACGAUGCAGCGCUCGCCACGGCGGCCGAAUUCGUAGCCUCCUUGGCUGCCGACCCGAAAUCCCCAUCAGUCAUUCCUCCUAAGCUGGGUGGCGACGUCAAACUCCCUGGUCGCGAGACUCCUGCCAAACGUAACCUCGAGGUAGAGUUGCACAAGCUCUCACUGCGAGUUGCUGAACUCGAGAGCCGGGCGGCAGCCGCUGUUACCUUUCCGGAAACACCAAACGAAGGUCCAGACUCCCUUUUCGGCGAUGACGCGGGAGCUUCGCCGUCGGGCAGUCGCCCGACAUCCUCCCGGCCCAAAGGACUUCCCAAUGUAGGCCAUGACCGCCCCGGCUUCAUGCCCCGCCAGCUGACAAAGGAGGCUCUUGAGGGCUUGCGGGAACACGUUGAUGACCAGUCCAAGCUCCUCGACAGUCAACGACAGGAGCUUGCUGGCGUCAAUGCCCAAUUGCUUGAACAAAAGCAGCUACAGGAAAACGCUCUAAGAAUGCUCGAGCAAGAGCGGGUGGCCACUCUGGAGAGGGAACUCUGGAAGCAUCAAAAGGCCAACGAGGCUUUCCAGAAAGCUCUCCGAGAGAUCGGCGAGAUUGUGACCGCAGUCGCUCGUGGUGACCUCACCAUGAAAGUACGAAUGAACACCGUGGAGAUGGAUCCCGAGAUUACCACAUUCAAGCGCACGAUCAACGCCAUGAUGGACCAGCUCCAGAUAUUCGCAAGCGAAGUGUCGCGCGUCGCUCGUGAGGUCGGCACUGAAGGUUUGCUUGGUGGCCAGGCUCGCAUUGGCGGCGUCGACGGAACCUGGAAAGAGUUGACGGACAACGUGAACGUCAUGGCCCAAAACCUGACAGAUCAAGAAAUUGCUUCAGUGACAACCGCGGUCGCCCACGGAGACCUUACGAAGAAGAUCGAAAGACCCGCCCGCGGUGAGAUUCUACAAUUGCAGCAAACGAUCAACACUAUGGUGGACCAGCUCCGAACCUUUGCCUCUGAGGUCACACGUGUCGCAAGAGACGUCGGAACGGAAGGUAUACUAGGAGGGCAAGCAGAUGUCGGAGGUGUCCAAGGCAUGUGGAAUGACCUUACUGUCAACGUGAACGCUAUGGCCAACAACCUCACAACACAAGUGCGUGACAUUAUCAAGGUCACGACAGCUGUCGCCAAGGGCGACCUCACACAAAAAGUCCAGGCCGAUUGCAGGGGCGAGAUCUUCGAGCUCAAGUCAACCAUCAACUCCAUGGUAGACCAACUGCAGCAAUUCGCCCGCGAAGUUACCAAAAUUGCUCGAGAAGUCGGCACCGAAGGUCGUCUGGGUGGACAAGCGACUGUCCACGACGUCGAAGGCACAUGGAGGGAUCUGACGGAGAACGUCAACGGCAUGGCCAUGAACCUUACCACACAAGUGCGAGAGAUCGCCAAGGUCACAACAGCUGUCGCCAAGGGCGACCUCACCAAGAAGAUUGGGGUUGAAGUCAAGGGAGAGAUUCUGGAGAUGAAGAACACGAUCAACCAGAUGGUGGAUCGGCUCGGUACUUUCGCCUUCGAGGUCAGCAAAGUCGCCCGCGAAGUCGGCACCGACGGUACGCUGGGUGGCCAGGCUCAAGUGGCAAAUGUGGAGGGCAAAUGGAAAGAUCUCACCGAGAACGUCAAUACCAUGGCGUCGAAUCUCACUGUCCAGGUGCGCAGCAUUUCGGCUGUGACGCAAGCUAUUGCCAACGGAGACAUGAGUCAGACGAUCGACGUUCAGGCCAGUGGAGAAAUACAGGUACUUAAAGAGACCAUCAACAACAUGGUCGGUCGACUCUCUAGCUUCUGCUACGAAGUGCAGAGGGUCGCCAAGGAUGUGGGCGUUGAUGGCAAGAUGGGAGCGCAGGCUGACAUUGCUGGUCUCAAUGGACGGUGGAAGGAGAUCACCACCGAUGUCAACACCAUGGCUGCCAACUUGACGACACAAGUGCGAGCCUUUUCUGACAUUACGAACUUGGCCACGGAUGGGGACUUUACCAAGCUCGUCGACGUUGAGGCGUCGGGCGAGAUGGACGAGCUCAAACGGAAAAUCAACCAGAUGAUUUCGAAUCUGAGGGACAGUAUUCAGAGGAACACGCAGGCUCGUGAAGCCGCCGAGCUGGCCAACAAGACCAAGUCUGAGUUCCUCGCGAAUAUGUCCCACGAGAUACGCACGCCCAUGAACGGAAUCAUCGGUAUGACCCAGUUGACUCUAGACACCGACUUGACACAGUAUCAACGGGAGAUGCUGAAUAUCGUCAAUAAUCUUGCGAACAGUCUCCUGACGAUCAUCGAUGAUAUACUGGACCUGUCUAAGAUUGAAGCGAGACGAAUGGUGAUUGAGGAAAUUCCGUACACACUACGCGGAACCGUCUUCAAUGCACUCAAGACUCUGACAGUCAAGGCGAACGAGAAAUUCCUCGAUCUCACCUACAAGGUGGACAGUUCCGUGCCGGACCACGUGAUUGGUGAUUCAUUCCGACUGCGCCAGAUCAUUCUCAACCUUGUCGGCAACGCCAUCAAGUUCACGGAGCAUGGCGAGGUCAGCCUCACCAUCCAGGAGCGGGCAGAGCAGCCUCAGAUCGAGGUCGGCUACUACUCGGUCGAGUUCAUUGUGGAGGACACGGGCAUCGGCAUAGCAAAGGAUAAGCUGGACCUGAUCUUCGACACGUUCCAGCAGGCCGACGGGUCCAUGACACGCAAGUUUGGUGGUACCGGCCUAGGUCUGUCCAUCUCGAAGCGUCUCGUCAACCUCAUGGGAGGCGACUUGUGGGUGAUCAGCGAAUCCGGGAAGGGCAGUCAAUUCCACUUCACGUGCAAGGUGAAGCUGGCUUCCGAUGAUACGGCGAUGCUAGAGCGACAAAUUAAACCUUAUCGCGGGCACCAGGUACUCUUCGUCGACAAGGCCCAGUCGCGGACAAGCGCGGAGAUCAAGGAGAUGCUCAAGCGCAUCGGGCUGAUCCCUGUUGUGAUGGACUCUGAGAUGAGCAUGCAACUCAAGCACAUGGCGAAGACAGGCGGUCAGCUGCCCUACGACGCCAUCCUCGUGGAUUCGAUAGAUACGGCCAGGCGGCUGAGGUCGGUGGACGACUUCAAGUAUCUGCCCAUUGUGCUCAUGGCUCCUGUCGUGCACGUCAGCCUCAAGUCUUGCCUCGACCUGGGCAUCACCUCCUACAUGACGACGCCCUGCAAGCUGAUUGACCUGGGCAACGGCAUGAUUCCUGCUCUUGAGAACAGAGCCACUCCGUCCCUUGCUGACAACACGAAAUCUUUCGAGAUCUUGCUGGCGGAAGACAACACGGUCAACCAAAAAUUCGCCGUCAAAAUCCUCGAAAAGUACCACCAUGUUGUCACGGUCGUGGGCAACGGCUGGGAGGCCGUGGAGUCGGUGAAGGAGAAGAAGUUUGAUGUGAUCUUGAUGGAUGUUCAAAUGCCUAUCAUGGGCGGCUUCGAAGCUACGGGUAAGAUCCGAGAAUACGAGCGCAGCAUGGGGUCACACCGGACGCCCAUCAUCGCCCUGACCGCGCACGCCAUGAUGGGUGAUCGCGAGAAGUGCAUCCAAGCCCAGAUGGACGAGUACCUGUCCAAGCCGCUGCAGCAGAACCAGCUGAUCCAGACGAUUCUCAAGUGCGCUACGCUCGGUGGCCCGCUUCUCGAGAAGAACAGGGAACGCGAGCUGGCGCUCAAGGCGGACGCCAAGGCGUCGAGCAGCAAAACGAAUGACGGGCUUUUGCGGCCCAGCUUGGAGAACCGCUCCUUCAGCACCAGGGAGCCGAUGACCAACACGGCGAUGGAGAGUCCUCCGCUUCUCUCGGCCAACCAGACCGACCCUGUCAACAAGCCACGACAAGAUUUGACCGACAUGCGUAGCCUGACGAGCUAA